UGAGCAAAAGGGCCGACGUCGCAACGUGGAGCGAAAUAUGUACGGUACUUAUGCUUGCCGCAUUUAAACUGACAUCAUGUUGGCUGGAAAUUGCCCCACCAAACAGUUCAGUAUGCCGUGCCCCUCAUCAGGACCGAGGCGCUCGACCACCCUUUUGUACAUUGCAUCGUUGUCUAUUUUCAUAAAUCACAAAUCUUCAAUAACCCAUCCGGCUCCAUAAUUCAAUAUGCCUGCCGUAGAAUCCAAGUUUGACCCCAAAGACAUGGAGUUCCGCCGCCUGGGACCUGCAGGUCUUAAGGUGUCGGUCUUCUCUCUGGGCGGCUGGUUGACGUAUGGUGGAACGCAAUCUGGGUCAAUCGUCAAGGACUGCAUGCAAGCAGCCUGGGACCACGGCAUUAACUUCUUCGAUACUGCAGAGGCUUACGCAGCCGGAGAGUGCGAAGUUGAGAUGGGGCAGGCGUUGAAGCAAUUAGCGUGGCCACGCGAUGAGUUUGUCUUGUCCACAAAGGUAUUUUUCGGAACGAAGAGAAAGGAGCCAAACACGAGGGGUUUGUCCAAGAAGCACAUCAUUGAGGGUCUGAAAAGCUCCCUCGCCCGUCUCGAGACGCCCUAUGUCGACAUUGUCUUCGCUCAUCGCCAUGACCCUGACGUGCCAAUGAAGGAGAUUGUCGAGGCAUUUACGCAGGCCAUUCAUAUGAACCUGGCAUAUUACUGGGGUACAAGCGAGUGGAGCGCGGAGCAGAUCCAGGAGGCUAUCAAGAUCGCAGAGAAGUAUCAUCUCAUCGCCCCGGUGGCCGAGCAGCCCCAGUACAACGCCUUCCAUCGCGAACGUUUUGAGAAGGAGUAUGCGCCUUUGUACAAGGACUACUCUUACGGUACGACUAUAUGGAGUCCGCUGGCUUCUGGGUUGUUGACAGGCAAAUACAACGACGGUAUACCCGAGGAUAGUCGUUACGCUUUGAACCCGGACAUGAUGAAGAGUAAUAUUGAGGCAUUGAAGAGCGAGGAAGGUCAGAGCAAGAUCAAAAAGGUCAAGGAGCUGACAAAGAUUGCCGAGAAGCUGGGAGGUACCACAACGCAACUGGCGCUUGCAUGGGCUGCGAAGAACUCAAAUGUUAGUACUGUCAUCCUUGGAGCGACGAAGCCAGAGCAGGUUCACGACAACUGUGGCGCCAUCAAGCUUCUGUCCAAGCUGACACCAGAGCUUAUGGAGGAGAUUGAGGGAAUCCUUGGCAACAAGCCGUAGAUUGUCAUGCGUCUGUUGGAAGUGUGAACAGGUGAACAGGUGAACAUGGUAGGCAAUGUAAACAGAAUAUGAUGCUUGGUUUAUACGCGAACUAGACUCAAAUGCACUCCAUCAUGAAGCGACGUAGCAAUAUGAGCAAGGCUUGCCUGAACACUGCCAGCUGGUGAUAGCCAUAUUCUCUUGGAGAAAUGUUUAGAAACCGUAUAACAGAGCUCACAUGACGGAGCCGAUGUCGUGUCCAACUCUAUUAGAGUCAAUUCCUCCAGCGCCGUGUGAUGGGAAUGGUUAACCACGGACAAGAUCGUCCUGGUGCAGCGGCUCCCAAGCCCGCAAACGUGCGGCAGGGCGUCCAACAUGCGUGAGCAACCACAUCAGUCAUCCGGCGCACGCUUCGCCUGAACAAAACAGAACAAUGAUAAAGGUGUCGUGCGCGUCCUCAGCUUCAUUUUCUGGUCUUGGCUUUUCUCCAGC